CAAAGAAAUUCAACCUGCAUCGGACAAGACAGGAUAGUAUGAUCACGUAUAGCAAAAGCGGUACGCGUAGCUCAAAGCAUUGAAGCUGUCCAAGGCUUCAUGCGCGCCGCCGUUACAUUCCCCAGCCGAAUCACAUCCUACUGCGGGCCGCCCCUCCGAAUUGAAUCAAUCGAAAAUUUUCAACCUCCUCGGCCGGGUAGUCUCAAGGGCUCAUCCAAAAAAACAAAAAAACAGGGCCGGGUCUAAAACGCAGCGAGCAGUGCCCCUGGGGAGGGAGCUGUUAAUAGAGGGUUGAGACAGGACGAUAAUAUCAGCUACCCACGAGAAUCGACGAACAAGAUGGCGACACUCGAGGCUGCCGAGCUGCUGGCCAAGCGGACGCUCAUGGCCGAGCGCCAGGUCAUGCGCCGCUUAGCCAAAAGUGCAACCAGCGACAAGCCUCAGCUACCUGCACAGUUCAUCCGGGAAAAUCUUCACCACCGCAUGAAGCAGGCCAGCGUAGCACGGCGCGAGGACUGGGAAAAGGGCCCGCUGGCCCCGCGCCGCGACGCCAUGCGGACGUCCAUCCCCCAGUACAAGAAGACGCUCGUGACCGACUUCGAGAGGCAAGCCGUGUCCGGCAACAUGCCUAUGAUCUACGGCGCUAUCGAGAGGGAGGCCGCCCUACUCGAUACCAUGCUUACCGAACAGCAGCUCGAGGAGCGCUGGGCCUGGGCCGGUGGGAGCAAGUUCCCCAACCUGGCCGUGGGUGAUCGUGUCGUGGUUAUCGAGGGUCCCUUCAAGGGUCAGAUAUCCACCAUUAGCCAGAUCGAACACGAUAGGGGUGUCUUGUUUAUGGACCAAGUCGGAAAUGUCAACGUCCGAAUCCCAACUUUUAUAGAGAAAUUGGCCCGGGGCCAACCAGUCAUCACCAUGCCCUCAGCCAUGCCCGUGUCUGCCGUCCGGCUGGUCCAUCCGAUACCAGACCCCAAGACUGGCGAGAUCAAGGACGUCAUCAUCAAGAACCUGGUAGCCGGCGGCUUCUACCACGACCGGCCUUCGCGAAAGAGCACCUGGUACCGGAUGGUGCCAGGUCUGAACAUGAAGAUCCCCUGGCCCAAGACGGCGCGCCCCGCCCACGAGGACCAACCCGUCGACACGCUCCGCGUUGACGUUGAGAGCAAGACCUGGGUCCCCACGCUGACGGUACCGCCCAUGCCCGAGUCCGUCAUCGACGAACUCCGCGGCAAGUACUCCAAGUUCCGCACCCGCCACACCGAAGAGUACCUUGCCAAGAAGCAGGCCGAGAUUGACGCAAAGAAGGCCAGGAACAAGAUGGGCGAGUCCAUGCUCACCCCCUUGCAGGAGUACAACAAGAAGCAGAGGGAGAUCAGGGCCGCUCAACCUGCUCCCGAGCUUACGGAUGAGAUGCUGGUUAAGAUUGGUGAAAUCAUGGCCAGGAACCGCGCGUAUCCUCUUUCCAAGGAGGCUGUCACCCCUGAGCCUGAGGCUACGGGCAUCACUAUCCAGGAGCUGUCACAGGCUGUUCAGGACAUUCCCAUCAAGGAAUAGACGCUGGAUCAGGUCAAGCCGCCGGUGCUACGGAGCUUUGUACACUAAAAAUAGAUUUUUUUUUACCGAAAAAGCCAUGUUUAACUACUGUAUACACAACCGAAAAUCAGAACAUAUAUACCACACACUCAUUGGCACGUGCGCACUAAUAUAGCCUCA